AUGUUUAGAAGUCCAAAGAAAUCAAAACAACAAGCCCAAUUCCAAUCUCAGGGCCGUCCACCUGUCCAACAAGAACAACAACCACCAAUGCAACACCAACAAUCAAAACAUCAUAUUCCAAACCCAUUUUCCAGUCGUAAACAGUCACCAAAAGCACUUGCUUCUCCUUCAUUUACCACGAAUUCGGGAUUCUCGACUCCUCCUAGAGCAGGAGCAAGCCCUGUCACUUCACAUCAUUCUAAAUUCACGUCACCAGGAUCUCCAGUUGGAAGCUCGAAUUCAGAACAGCAAAGAAAAUUGGUUACCGACAAGAUCAUUUCAGAUUGUUAUUCCAAGACAAUUCAUCAGGGCGAUAGAAAAUUAAAUGAAGUAUCCUACAUUACCCACAUUGGAAUAAUAGAAUAUUCUCAUUCACCUUCAGGUCCCCCACCACCGAAUUCCAAUCCGGGAUCAGUUAAACACCGUAUUCUUGUUUUAUGUAAAAAACACACGGGAAGAAUGCAGUUACAAAAAGGAAAGUUUCAAGCAGAGAAGAAUUACUAUCAAAUUGGGCGUACUUGGGACUUAUCGGAAUUACAGUCGAUCAAGAGAGUUGGACUGGAUGGAUUGAUAUUGCAACUCAAUAAGACCUAUUAUUGGAAAUGUGAUGAAGAUGAACGUAGAGUUUGGAAAUUUGCCCGUUACUUAUGUCAACAUUACGGGAUGUUUACUGGCAGAUACCCUAAACUAGAUGGGUUUAGUCUUGACGACUUUAUGUUACCGUCUACACCUAAAUCACCAUCCACGACACCUUCUCGAACUUCAUCUGUAAAAGAUCCAACUCCAGAUCCACAAUUAAUGAAGUCACGUUCGUUGAAGAGAAAAAAUAUGCCAAAUCCAAUUUUGCCGACUCCUCCAGUAGCGGCACCAACCCCACCACAAAUACCAUCCGGUGUAUCAAAGACAACAGCUCCAAGUAGUGCUAAUGUAAAUGAUUUAUACAAGGAUAUGGACUUUACCGUAAAUGGUGGUCUUCCACAGAAACCAAUGAAAGUCAUACAGCGUGAUUCACCAAAGAGCACUGGGGGUGGAACUCUUGAUCCUGGACCUUCACUUUAUGGACCAAGUAGUAGACCAAACAAGCCACAUGCACAAUCUCAACCAAUGAUCCCACAUAUACAACCACAACCACAAACUCAACCACAGCCACAACCGCAUCAUCUUGCACAUUCUGAAUCCAUGUUACAGACGCGUCCUCAACCUCGUUCCCAACCACAAUCAUUUGCACGGUCAGAACAAGGAGACUCUCGUGGUUAUCAACGAGGUGAUCAAUCCAAGGAAAAUCUUAACCGAGAAUUUUCACCACCAACAAUGAAAGCCAACCAACAUCCUUAUUACCAGAAAACACCAAUGAAUGGGUUGGACAAUGCCAGCGAAAUCAGUAAUGAUUCGCAUAGUUUUAUUUUCAACAAUAAGGAGUCUUCUCAAGAAAAAUUAGAAGACACGGCAAAACAAGAACAGCCCAAAUUUUCUGGAGAUGUGUUAGAAUCAGUUUCUGAAUCUAUUCCAUCGAUCCAAGAAAACAACGAACCGAUUCAACGUAGAUCUCAUCCAUAUGCUAAUUCACAUGCAAAGAAAGAUUCACAGGUGUCUCAAAAAUCUGCAGAAGAAGUUGUUAAGGAGUUUUCAGAAUCAAUUCCAUCACCACUGGUUAAGCCAAAGAUGGCAGCAUCAGCAAAUGUACCUGAUUUUGGUGUUGAAGAGAUCACUGAUGAUAGUGAUGAUGAUCAGCGUCCAACUCCUACAUUCAGCAUAAGAAAACGUCAACAGCAGAAAAAGGCAUUAGAGAAGGCGCAAAACUUGAUGCCAACACCUGAAGAACAGCAACAGCAACCAGGAUUGGAAUCCGUGAAUGAUGUUACUGACAGUUUUAUGGAUAAAUCAAGUAGGUACGAUGCAGAUAAAACUGACAGGUUUGAUAUAGAUAAAUCCAGUAGAUAUGAUGAGAAAAGUUUUGUCACACAGAAAGGAUUGGGUAUCUAUCCACCAAAUUCCAAUUCAUUUAUCGAAGAGUCCACCAAAGUGGAGGGUCAAACUAGAAUUGAUUCUCACAUGCAAGAAAUCCAAGAUAUGUUGAACUCACAUCUUGGUGAUGCUAAAGAAGAGUCAUUUCCAUAUGAUGACAAAGAUAAUGAAGGCUAUGAAGAUGUUGACGAUUUGAAUGAUGAUGAUGACUUGAACAAUGAAGUUCCACUUGGUGCAAAGUCAAGGAUGAGCAAGGAUAUGCUUCAUGCUGAUGAUGAUUUUGAAGAGGAUGGCGAUUCUUUUGAACCUGGAUUGAAUAUUGUUAAAAAAUCUGCAACACCAGAAAGUGGUGGUACUAAUACGGGUAGUGGUAUUACACGUUCAAAUACAGUGAUAAUUCCAGAUUGUGAUAGAGAUGCUGAAGUUGAUAAUAUACUUGACGAUAUUGGAUGGUCGGUACAAGAUGAUGCAAGUACUCUUAUCAAGAAAUUGAAUAAAGAAGCAACAAACACAAAACAGGAUAUUGUUUCCAAAUUGGUUAGUAUUGAUUUGACUAAUAAUUCAGGAAGCGAUAUUGGAUCGGCAUUGAAUGAAGUCGACAACAUGACCAAUAUAUUCCAAAAGAUGGAAGUCAGAUUAAAGCUUUUACAUAAUGACUUACAGAAUUCUGUAUAUGUAUAA